GAAAGAAACGGUUCUGUCGUGACCUGAAUUUAACGUUUAUUUCACGGCCUAAACUAAUCGUGUGGCUUGUAUUCACCAAACGUUUGAUAAGAGUGCUUGUACGACGAGAAAUUUGGAAAACUUCUUAAGGUAUUAAUAAGGAAUUAAUUUUUUGUUUUUCGUGUUGAGAAAUAAGAAUUGAAUUAAAUUUGAAUGAUUAGGAAAUUGUAUAACUAAAGGUUAAUACCGGUUUUCAGGGUGCAUGUGUUGCGAAAAAAUGGGCAAAAAUAAUAAUAGAACUGUGGCAAGAAAUGGCAAAGUAAUGAAUAGUGAAGUAAAUGCCUUACCGCCUCAGAAAUCAGUGUUUCUCGCCUAUGUAUUAUGGUUAUUUGGUGGCAUUUUCGGUUUACAUCAUCUUUAUUUGCAUCGCGAUCGUCAUGCGUUUCUGUGGUGGUGCAGUUUGGGUGGUUAUUUUGGUAUCGGUUGGCUUGGCGAAAUAUUCACUAUACCGUCUUACGUUCGCGACGCUAAUGAGGAUCCGCGUUUCAUUGAGGAGUUUAUUAAAAAGCUGCAAACUCAUAAGAAACCCCCGUACUCGGGGAAACGAUUCCUUUUUAUGAUAAUGAUCGGGUAUUUGUUCGGUCAAUUGGCCAACAUGGCCAUACCAAAUGAUAUGUACAUGGCCAUGGAUUUUAAUUUUCUACAUUGGCUGAUACCAUUUUUUGUGGCCUUAGGCGUAUGGACGGUGGGGAAUAUUGGUCGUGAACGUGGAGUUUUAUGGCAUUGUUUGCUAGCUGCUUUCGCCGCCUAUCCAAUACGAUAUUUUAUAUAUGACGAAACGUAUACCAUACUUAUAACCAGUUUGGCGGCAGCUCUUGUUUUCGAUCAUGCCUCCAAAGAAUGGUUACGGACUCCACCGAAAAGACGCGGGAUCUGUGAACGUUUCUUUAAAUUCUCAACGGCCAUGUUUAUCUAUUUCAGUUUAUGGGGCUGUUUCUUUUACUUCAACGGAACAAUAACCGACGAGAAUGGCAACGAAGUGCCAAUCCAUGAGGCUUUUCAAAACUUCCUAGCUUCAGCCUGGUGGACGGAUAUUAAGCAAGCUUUAAAAGACAUGUACACGUACGCGCAGCAUCAUGGUUGGUAUGAAAUAUGGAAAGAAUUAUUAGAAUCGAUGGAUGUUGACGGGGAACGUAAUGCCUAUAAAGUGUUGGGCCUUAGCGCUACCGCUUCACAAACUGAAAUAACAGCAACGUAUAGAAAACUAUGCAAAACUAUACAUCCCGAUACAGUUAAAGAUGAAUCGCAACGAGCAACCGCCCAACAGCGUUUCAUUGAAGUUCAACAGGCUUAUGAAAUUUUAAGUAAAAUUAAAUCAGCUCGCAUACGAAAAAACAAGAAAGUAGUCAAUGAUGAUAAUGAGAACGAUACUAUUGUGCUUUAAAUUGACGACAGGGAGCAUGUUGCGAGUAUCAUAUAAAUAUCGUGCUCAUCACAUCUGUUUUUAUCUACGUUUAUAGUAUGUUAAUAG